AUGUCCAAUUCUAAACCGAUCCCCCAAAAGAAAAGGGGGCUAGGGCUGGACAUGGCUUCGUCUUUCAAGCCCGCUUCGCCAAUAGCGCAAGAGAUACUAGCUAGUGAUCUAGCUGAAUGCUCUGAAGAUGAGAUAGUUGAAGAUGUCUUCGAUAAUGGGCCCGAGUCCGAGUCUGAAACUGAAAGUGGACCUGUCUUAUAUACACAACCUACUGGAAUGGCCUUUGGGUAUAGGCGACCGAGCCUUGUAAUCGACCCGGUCAACGAACCCAUUCUUACCAGAGUCGAAAAGAGGCAGUCUCGCAAUGCUGAACGCAGUUUGCUAAGAGAUAACCACAUCAUUCCGCCUAAACAUAUCCCAAAAGAGCGGCCGGGGACAUUUUCAAGGUUGUAUAAGGCCAUGUUUAGCACCAAGAUUCGCAAAUUGCCAGAGGAUGACGAGGCCCCUAGGAUCACGGCUCAACCCUCCGAGACCUCACCUCUACUAGCUGGUACUGCUGGCUCGUCGACCUUACACCGUGAGAACUUAAAUGAGCAGUGGGAUGCCGCGGUGGCCUCUGGGAUGAUAGAGACAACCUGGCAGAGGGAGGCCAAGACUAUUGCAACUUACUCGCGAUCGUUAAUCUUGACAUUUCUAUUGCAAUAUAGCAUCAAUAUCACUAGUAUUUUUGCCGUCGGGCGGAUUGGAAAAAUUGAGUUGGGUGCUGUGAGUUUGGCUACCAUGACAGCGAAUAUUUGCUGCUAUGCUCCAAUGCAAGGUUUAGCCACAAGUCUGGAUACUCUCUGCGCACAGGCAUACGGAUCUGGUCAUAAGCAUUUAGUAGGUCUUCAGCUCCAGAGAAUGACUUACUUCUUGUGGUCGCUUGUUGUCCCUGUUGCUGUGCUAUUCUUCUUUGCCGAGGAUAUACUCCUUCUUAUUGUCCCUGAACCGCGAUCUGCCGAGCUCGCUGGCCUAUACCUUCGUGUUAUUAUCGCAGGUGUGCCCGGCUUUGUCGCAUUUGAGGGAGGCAAGCGGUUUGUUCUAUCACAAGGUUUAUUUAUUGCAACAACUUACGUCUUGUUGAUUGCAGCCCCUUUAAACAUCUUCAUGAACUGGCUUUUCGUUUGGCACUUCGAGCUCGGAUUUGUUGGUGCACCUAUCUCCGUUGCGAUAACGCAAACAUUAAUGCCAUUCCUCUUACUAUCCUAUGUAUUGUUCGUAGAUGGUUCCCAAUGCUGGGGAGGCUUUACCCGACGUGCUCUCAACAAUUGGGGUCCUAUGAUUUGGCUCGCCUUGCCUGGCAUGGUGAUGGUGAUGGCUGAAUGGCUUGCAUUUGAAAUCCUUACCUUGGCAACGAGCCAAUUUGGAACAUCUUAUCUAGCGGCACAGAGUAUUCUGAUAACUCUGACGUCAACAACUUUCAAUAUUCCCUUCCCCGUUUCUAUUGCUGCUUCUACUAGGGUUGCUAAUUUAAUAGGGGCUCGGUUGAUUAAUGCUGCCAAAACCUCAGCUAAAGUUGCAUUCGGGGCAGGUUGUAUUAUUGGAUUAUUCAACCUGAGCUUACUCGCGGGCCUCCGUUAUCAGCUCCCCCUUCUCUUCACCAGAGAUGAAGAGGUAAUUGAUAUAGUAGCAAGAGUCAUGCCGCUUGUGGCGGUUAUGCAGGUUUUCGACGGCCUUGCAGCUGUUGCCCACGGGUUGCUUCGUGGUAUCGGGAAGCAGUCAUUUGGUGGUUACGCAAACCUGUCGAUCUACUAUCUUCUCGCGUUGCCCAUCUCGUUUGCCACCGCUUUUGCACUUGAUUGGAAGCUUAUAGGGUUGUGGCUAGGAACUACGAUAGGAUUGGCCCUAGUUGCUGCAGUGGAGUUUUGGUAUACUUGGGUGUCAGACUGGGAGCAGUCGGCUCGGGAUGCUGAGAGUAGGAAUGCAGCUGGUUAG